UCCGUUUCUCUUGCUCGACGACCAAAACCGGUUACCCAGGCAACCUUUGUCAAACAAAUUCAUUUUCCUAUACGAAAAACCCAAGCCAGCAUUUAUAAUAUUGAAAACCAUUAUGGAUGAUUGGAAGAUAACGCCAGAGGAGCUUCUUCGUCUGCGAGAGAGCUGUUUGCAGUGCAUCCGGAAUGGCCAACUAUACGAGCUGCGCAAUGAUGCCAAACUGAGAGCUGUUUAUAGCACCCAAACCUAUGAGGAAUUCAAAGACAUAGUGGAUGCCGCACAUCUUCGUCCAGUGACCAAAAGGGACAAAUCCAAUGCACAGACAAGGAACAGGCUGUGGAACUCAGCUGCUCGUGAUUGAUUGCUUGAUUGAUUGAUAGAUUUCCCAAUAAAAUGUACAGCUCAAAGUUAUAA